AUGCUGUUGGACAACUUCGAAUGUCACGUGUCAGAUGAGUCGUACAAGAUCACGUAUGAAGAGCUGGGUGCGCACCUUUGCCCGCUGCCGCCCAAUUCGACGUCCGUCUGCCAGCCGCUGGACAUUGUCGGUGAUGAUGAAGAUCCAUUCUCGCCUACUGCUUGUCAAAAGCGCAUGGCGAUGGUGAAGCGAGCCAUCGCUGCAUGGGACAUGGUGUCUGACGAUGUGAUCCGCCGAAGAUUUGAAAAGAAUUCCUAG